UCGGCUUGGGGGGUGAGGUUGAAUGACGUCAUACUGACCCACCACCAGACACGAGCCGAGGGUCCCACGAGGUCCAACGGUCAACAAGCAGUCAAGGUUGAAGAACACCGAUCGACCGGAAAAACAUCAGAAGGAAACCAUUAUAACCUCUGCAUCUCGACUGAUACAUAAAUACAUAUCCCUGUCUUCCAGCUGAAUUUCAGAACGAUGGACGCAAAACAGAUCGAGGCUGUGGCAGCCAGUUAUCCAUCUCCUCCAGGCAUCAAACACACCUUCGGCACGGCUGGCUUCCGAGCAAAUGCUGAUACCUUGGAUCGCGUCUUCUUCACCGUCGGAUUAUUAGCCGUACUCAGAAGCAAAAAGCUGGCUGGACAAACCAUCGGUGUCAUGGUCACUGCCAGUCAUAACCCUGCACAGGACAAUGGGAUCAAACUCGUCGACCCUCAGGGGGAAAUGCUGGCCUCAUCCUGGGAAUCACAUGCGACCGUACUAGCCAACUCCGCAGACCUUCCAUCGAGUUUGACGCAGAUCAUCGACUCAGAAACCAUCGAUUUCAAGCAACCCGCUAAGCUGAUCUUGGGCCAUGACACCCGACCUUCGUGCGCUCGAUUGAUCAAGGCUUUCAAAGAUGCCGUCAAGGCUCUCGACCCUUCCGCUCAGAUUUUAGAAAGUGGCCUCAAGACUACCCCGCAAUUACAUUACUUGGUCAAGUGUAUCAAUGAUGGCGGUGUUUAUGGUGCUCCGACUGAAGAAGGAUACUACAAAAAAUUGUCUGAUGCUUUUAUUGCUUUGAAUGCCGAAACGAAGACUCCAUACACCUUAAUGGUGGACUGUGCAAAUGGAGUAGGAGGACCGAAACUCGAGUCAAUGCAGGCCUACCUGAAAGAUUCACCACUGCGACUAAAACUAAGCUCGACAGAUGUUAAUUCGAGCGAAAAGCUGAACAAAGAUUGUGGUGCAGACUAUGUCAAGACAACCCAAUCGGCGCCGAGCGGGGUGAGCCUCGAGCCACUGGCAAGGGCUUGUAGCUUCGAUGGGGACGCCGAUCGGAUCGUCUACUACUAUUAUUCAGAGAAAAAGAGCUUCAGGUUGAUGGAUGGUGAUAAGAUCGCCACACUAGUAGCUAGUUAUAUCAAGCAGUUGGUCGAGCUUGAAUCAGCUGAGAUCAAAGAUCACUUACGAAUCGGUGUCGUCCAAACUGCUUAUGCUAACGGGAACUCGACGAGAUACAUUAAGGACCAGCUGGGUCUGGCCGUCACUUGUACGCCGACUGGAGUCAAGCAUCUUCACCAUGCAGCCCAGACGUUUGAUAUCGGGACUUAUUUCGAAGCCAACGGGCAUGGGACGGUAGUAUUUUCAGAAGCCUUAUUGAAGAGACUACCAGCCUCGUCGAAGCUAUUAUCGUUAGCGGGCUUGAUCAACCAGACGGUGGGCGAUUCGAUGAGUGACAUGUUAUUGGUCGAGACGAUCCUCAAUGCGCGUGGAUGGGGGAUGGCGGAAUGGGAUGCAAAGUACGAGGAGCUUCCUAAUCGGCUCGUCAAGGUGAUCGUCUCCGAUCGGCAUGCCUUUGUGACUGAGGAUGCCGAGCGCGUCUUGGUCAAGCCCGAUGGGAUGCAGCUCAAAAUCAACCAGAUCGUCGCCAAUUAUCCUUCCGCUCGUUCCUUCGUCAGACCCAGUGGGACUGAGGACUGCGUGCGAGUCUACGCAGAAGCCGGGACCAAAGAAGCAACCGAUGAGUUGGCGUAUAAGGUGGCUGGAAUGGUGUUUGAGUUUUGUGGGAAGGGCGAGAAACCAAAAGAGUUUUUAUGAGCUCGUGUAUUUACUUAAAGCGUCUCCUUCCUUUGUGAUAACUCAUAUAUAUUUCUUUAAGUCUCUAUUAAUUUAUUGUAUUUACAUGUUGAGUCUGAAGAAUGUUCACUUGAUCUGGUAGAAUAUGUAAAAUCGAUUCACAAGAUUGUUGUGAAGAUGUCAUUUUACUUAAUUUCAUCAAGAUGAAGUUAUGUGGAGAUUGUGUUGAUGGUACAAAGUUGUUCACUUGUUGGAUAGAUAUGUACCAUCUU